AUGGACGAGCAAACAUUUAUAAUUACACUACAAAAUUGUCUGGAUGCCGAUAAUGAAAAACGACAAGCAGCCGAAGAUGAAUAUCACAAAAUUCCCGAUGAACAGAAAACCAUAUUAUUGAUGAGUGCAUUACGUAAUGGACAAUUUAGUCCAGCGAUUCGCGCAUUUGCUGCUGUAAUGUUACGACGUCUAUUUUCCACAACAUUUGAAACAUUUUGGCCUAAAUUUAGUCAGGAACAACAGUCGGCAUUGAAAAAAGAAUUAUUAUUAAGAAUUAGUCAAGUUGAUGAUGAUGAAACGAUUAGAAAAAAAGUUUGCAAUAUCGUGGCAGAAUUAGCAAAAAACUUAAUGGAUGAUAACGAAGUAAAUCAGUGGCCAGAAGUUUUACAAUUUUUAUUUGAAAGCGCUAAUUCCAACCAUAAUUCAUUGAAAGAAUCAGCAUUAGUCAUAUUCGAAGCUUUCCCUGGCAUAUUCGGUAGUCAAGCUGAACAAUUAACAACGAUUAUUCAUCAAAUAUUUUUAAGUUGUUUGAAUAAUCCUGAUGUAAAAGUACGUUAUACGGCUGCGACUGCUUUGGCCGCUUUUCUCAAGCAUAAUAAUGAAGAUAAUCGAAUAUUGAAUGUUUAUAGAGAUUGUUUACCAUGUCUAAUAGCGACUGUUACUCAUAGUUUACAAAAUUCGGAUGACGAUGUAGUUUUAAAAGCUUUAAUCGAUAUAGCAGAGAAUUCGGCGAAAUUUCUACGACCAUCUAUUGAUGAAAUAUUUGAAUUAUGUUUACAAUCUAUGCAAAAUGAAAAUUUUGAGGAAGCACGUCGUCAUUUAGCAUUGGAAGUACUCGUUACUUUAUCGGAAACAGCCAGUGGAAUGGUACGAAAAGUAGCAAGAAAAUUUAUGGGUCGUCUAGUUCCACAAUUAUUAGAAAUGAUGGUUGAUUUAGAUGACGAUAAAGAAUGGUCAACAAAAGACACAAUUGAAGACGAGGAAGAUGACAGUAAUGCUGUUGUUGGUGAAAGUUCUUUGGAUCGUCUUGCAUGUGCUCUCGGUGGAAAAACAAUGUUGCAAUAUAUUCUCUCCGCUGUACAAACGAUGUUACAAAACCCUGAUUGGCGUUAUCGUCAUGCCGGUUUGAUGGCUUUGUCAGCAACAGGAGAAGGUUGCCAUCGUGAAAUGUUAAAUUUAUUAGAUGAAUUAGUUAGUGGAAUAUUAGUGUUUUUAAAAGAUUCACAUCCUCGUGUGCGCUAUGCAGCAUGUAAUGCGUUAGGUCAAAUGUCUACAGAUUUUCAAGGAACAUUUCAGAAAAAGUUUCAUUCAAUGGUGAUACCCGGUCUAUUAUCAGUCUUGGAUGAUCAUGAUAAUCCUCGUACACAAGCACAUGGUGGAGCUGCUUUAGUAAAUUUUGCUGAAGAUUGCCCACAGCGUCUAUUAGUUGAACAUUUGCCAAUGAUCAUUGAGAAAUUAGAUCAAGUAUUAUCGAGAAAAUAUCAAGAAUUAUGUACACAAAAUCGUAAAUUAGUACUCGAACAAAUUGUAACAACAUUAGCUGCUAUUGCCGAUACCGUUGCACAAGAUUUUUCGCCUUAUUAUGAUAGAUUUAUGCCUCAAUUAAAAUAUCUGUUCAGAAAUGCCGUAGCACCCGACUAUCGUAUGCUAAGAGGUAAAACAAUGGAAUGUAUUAGUCUUAUCGGUUUGGCUGUUGGAAAAGAAAAGUUUAUUAAUGAUUGUUAUGAAAUAAUGCAAGAUUUAGUUAAAACACAAGUUGAUUUCGAAAAUUUGGGCAAUGAUGAUCCGCAAAUAGCUUAUUUAAUUGGUGCUUGGACUAGAAUAUGUAAAAUUUUGGGAAAAGAUUUUGAACAAUAUUUACCAAUUGUUAUGGGACCUGUAUUAAAAGCAGCUGCAUUCAAACCAGAAGUGACCGUAUUACCUGAAGGUGAAAACGACGUUGAAGAAGACGAUAAUUGGGAAGUGCUCAAUGUUGGUGAUCAGGCUUUUGGUAUUAAAACGAGUGGUUUAGAAGAAAAGUCAAGUGCUUGUAGUAUGUUAGUUUGUUAUGCACGAGAACUCAAAGAAGGUUUUGUUAAUUAUGUGGAAGAAACAACAAAAUUAAUGGUACCAUUGUUACGAUUCUAUUUUCAUGAAGGUGUCCGCGCUGCAGCUGCUGAAGCAUUGCCUCAUCUAUUAGAAUGUGCUAAAUUACGUGGCGAUGAUUAUGUAAGACAAAUGUGGCAAUAUAUGAAUAAAGAAUUAUUUAAAGCAAUCGAAAUUGAACCCGAUCAUGAAGUGCUAGGAGAAUUAUUUUCAUCUCUGGGAAAAUGUAUUGAAGCAUUGGGUAUGUCAUGUUUAACAGCAGACGAAUUAAAAGAAUUGACAACAAUUCUUGAUCAACAUCUAAAAAAACAUUUUGAACGAUGUGAUGAAAGACAAGAAAAACGACGAGAUGAAGAUUUUGAUGAAGAAGUUGAAGAAGAAUUAUUAGAAGAAGAUGACUUUGAUGCUUAUAUAUUGAAUCGUUUAUCCGAUAUAAUUCAUUCAUUAUUAGUUACUUAUUCGGAGUCUUAUUUGGUCUAUUUUGACUCAUUAGUUCCACAUUUUUUAUCAGUUAUUGCAAGUUCACCGAAGUGUAUCCGAUCGACAAUGGGCGCUUUGCGUUUGGGAUGA